CGGUCUGUGCGCGUCACAGCAGCGCCGUGGCUCGCCGGGAGACUGAAAGCAGGGGCUGACUGACACUGAAUGUAGCAGGCUACUGUAAACAAAGAAUCCAAAAACCCCAACAAACUAACAGGGAACAAAUACGCGAGCAGGGCAGCAGAUGGUUAACUGACGGCAGUUUCUCUCAUUCAUUCGCUGAGGGUGUUUUUUUUUUUUUUUGGUUCCUUUUUGUCAGGUUUGAGCGUGCCAAGUAAAGAGAAAGCAAACAACAACAAAAAAAAACAUGGCUGGUUUAAUGGCAGGCUUUGGUUAUUACACCCACGCGAUCGUCCGGGGAAUCCCUGCGUCCCUGGUCAAAGAGGCGCUCCGGACCAGCCAGGCGGAGGUGGAGGUGGACCUCGCCAAGGCGCGGAGGGAGCACGACGCGUACGUCGAGGUCCUGAGCACGAGGCUGGGGCUGGAGGUGGUCGAGCUCCCCGCGGACGAGGAGCUCCCGGACUGCGUGUUCGUGGAGGACGCGGCGGUGGUGUGCGGUGACACGGCGCUGAUCACCAGACCCGGAGCGGAGAGCAGGAGGAGAGAGGCUGAGACAAUGAAAGGAGCGCUGAAGGAUCUGAAUCUGAACAUUGUGGAAAUGACUGAUGAGACCGCCACACUGGAUGGAGGAGACGUGCUGUUUACAGGUCGCGAGUUUUUUGUGGGCCUUUCCAAACGGACCAAUCAGAGAGGAGCAGAGAUCUUAGCUGAUGCCUUCAAGGACUAUGCAGUGUCCACCGUUCCUGUGCUGGAAGGUCUGCACCUGAAAAGCUUCUGCAAUGGGGGACCGGGCCUCAUCGUCAUCGGCUCCAGUGAACAUGCACAGAAAGCUCUCAAAAUCAUGCAGCAGAUGAGCGACCAUCGCUAUGACAAGCUGACUGUGCCCGAUGACCUCGCUGCCAACUGCAUCUACAUGAACCUCCCCGAUAAAGGCCAUGUGCUUCUGCACAGCACAACAGAGGAGUUUCCAGAGAGUGUCAAGGUGUUUGAGAAGUUGAAGGACCACAUGUUGAUCCCCGUUUCCAACAUGGAGAAGGCGAAAGUGGACGGAGCCCUCACUUGCUGCUCUGUACUCAUCAACAAGAAGGCCAACAUCUGAGCACGCUCACCAGGGGGUCUCUCAGUGUAAUGGUAACCGAGCGGACCCUGAAUCCAACCACCAAGGACCCCAGUCAUAUUAGACUGGAUAUUAGAUAAGGGAGUUAAUUUACAUUUAAAGGUCUUAAAAACUGUGUGAAUAGUUAGUUUGACAAACAAAGGCAGAUAAUCUUAGGUUAGUGUUGUCACUGUAGGAAUUAAAAAAAAGUGAUUCUUGAUUUGGAUUUAAAACAUUUUCAUAAAAACACAAUUAUGAGGCAAUAGUCCGGGCUUUCAGGAUGCAUAAUGGAUAAUCAUUUCUGUUCAAGGGUUUGCUACUUAAAAAUGAGUGUACCACUAAAAUACAAAUCUAAUUAACAUCGAAUGUGAAAAAGGGAAAGUUUGAUCUAAGAUCAGAAGAGGAGGAGACCAUGUGCCAUUGGGUAACCCCCAAUUCCCAGACCCAACCCUGAACUUGUGGUGCCCCCGUUCUGUGUGUAGAUCCGUGCUUAUUGCUCCAUGUAUUACAAAAAGAACCACAAAUAACAGAGCACUGGACCAGCCAAACCACAUGGAUCUGAGAUAUGUAGCGCCCCCCCCAAUCAAACAAGUACCAAUCUGCAAUGCAGGUUAAUGAAUUAGAUACCUAAUACAGACGACGUAUACAGUCGGUUUAUACUGUUUAUAUGCAUAGUUUUAACUGUCGUUAUAUUUAGUGUGUAUUUGGUUAAAUUAUCCAAAUGCUACUUGUUGGUAAUGUGAUUUUCAAGAACUGUAUUUUGAAGUUGAAUGAGAUAAUCCUAAUACUGCUGUAACUUGAAAACCUCAAUGAUUCUUUAAAACGUGUGUUAAAUUGCUGACUAUAUAUGUCAUGACGAUACAGUAUGUUCAAACUACCAGCUCAGCAUUGUGUAAUUCUGAAUGUGCAUGGCCUCACUGUCUAACAAAUACAGUUCUUGAAAUGACUUCUAAAGGGGCUUUUGGUAUUGAUGCAGCGCAGCCGGGUGUCAUUGUGAUUUUUCUUUAUGAUUUUGUGAUUGGUAUUGAAAGUAUUGCCAAUGAGACCUGAGGUGCUCUUGCUUUUCAUGCCCAUUACGUAUCAUUGCUAUUGAUUGUAACAGUAUUGGAGACGCCACCAGCCAGAGACGCUAGCUGUAAUCUGCAUGUUAAAAGCUUCCUGUGAUGUAAACAAGAAGUGUUUGUAGCCUUUUGGUUUCGUGGUGAAGCUCGUGCAGCACACAUCCGUUCUCUCAUACACCAAAUUGCUUGUUGGAAAAGUCUUCUGAGAUUCGGUAUAAUAUUCACUUUGUAAGUCAUGGUGCCAUGGGAGGGGCGUCACAAAGUAUAUCCAUCAUUUUAUUGUAAUGUGGUCACUCCUGGCUCCACAAAGCCAACAUUGAAAUGGCCAAAGUGCUAAUUUGGGUCUUCAAAAGGGGCGUUUAAACAAUGGCUGACAUGACGGUGGCUAUCUAUCUAAGCUCUACUUUGUUCCAGUGUUAAACCUCUUUUCCUUGAAUUCCUAAUGCCUUUAUUGAAAUUCUGUUGCCCUACCUGUUAAACUAAUCAGAAUGCCUUGUAGUUUCACACCAUUGCUUCUGCCCUGUGUUGUUGGCUCUUUUUAUUUUCCUCUCUGGCAGCUUUUACUCCAAAACUGCCCGUUAAGAGCACGCUGUGAAUCUGAUGUCUGCUCCUCUAAAUCCAAUCCCAGCAAAUGUGACUGCAGCGAGAGUUUGCACUCAGCAUGCACGACAAGCUUACUGCCCCUGUCUGCUGUGUUUCCAUGCGUGUUCACAAUCCUCUCUGCCAGCAGGAGUUUAAAAAGGAAGUCGAUGUGCUUUUUAUGGCCUUUAAUUCUAUUGUCGCCGAGGGCAGUGUGCACACUUAACGUGUAAAAUGAUUUGAAACGGUACAUGCUGCAGCCCAUCACUCCUGAAACCAUGUUGUGUCUCAGUGUGAUUGUGAGUGAAAGUUGAGGAAAUGACAUCAGGAGGUGAUUCAGCCUCCCUCUGCAGACGUUUGUGUGUAUGGACAAGCGGGCAGUGGUGAUGAAACGCGGAAAGAAUUCCUGCUGGGAGGAGAGGCUUGUACACCAGUAAACACUGACUCUCUUAAAACUUUCUCUGUCUGACGCUGACUCUCUCUCUCUCUCUCCCACCCUCUUAUAUUGCCUCAUACUCAAUCUGGGCAAAUUUAUGGCCAUGAUAUCAUACAGUCUGGCAGACACACUGUAGAUGUGAUGGCCAUGCCGUUAAAGUGUGACAGUAGCAGUAUAUUUUACAGGAGGCGUUUGGCCGGGUGCAGGGUGAUAACAUAGUUUGCAGAGCGUCCAGUUCCAGAAACCUCAGCCAUAAGAGGCCACGGCGUACAGAGUCAAAAAAGUGGAUCUUGGGCUUUUAAUUUUUAUACUUCAGCCCCAAAUCACCUCUAUGCUGUACAGUUCCCAUGAUUUAAAGUUAGAGUAACAUUUCAUAAAUUUUUUGGCUGCAGCUGGCUAGGCUGAAUGUAACCGCUCCUGAACACGUGUGCCGACUUCGUUGAGGGCUUUUUGUUUUUGUUUUUAUCCUCGGAGUAAUCUCCAACACUCAUCCCGUCAGUCAUUAAUGUUUCCUUUUACCUUUUGUUCCAACUCAGGUCUCUUGGUUUUUCCAAACAAAUUGUGAUUAAUAAUGAUUUGAGUCAUUUGAAAUUGAGCCUUCUGUUUACUUUGUGAAAUAAAUUAACAUCUCGCAUUGAA